AUGGCUGAAAGUCGUCCAGGCAUCAACGUCGACUCCCACACUCCCACUCCCCGCGGCGGCGUCCGUCUGAACAAGAUCGCCGAGUCCUGGGAAGACGAAGACCUCUCCUCUUCCGACGACGAAGCCAGUGACGCCGAAACAACCAUCACCGCGCCCCCAGCUGAACCCAACAUCCACCACCAUCACCAUCACCACUCCGGCCGCAGCAGCAACACCAACGCCGGCAUCCGCGCCCCUCCUCCAACUCCCAACGUCUCUCGCCAGUCAAGCUGCCGCUCUACCACCAGCACUGCCUCGCGUACCUCUUCAAGCUACUCCAAGCGUCCCGAGAAGCAGACUACAGUGGCUACUAGGAUGAUUCAUAAUGCAUUGGGCCAGAGAGUGGCUAGAUCUGAUAGCCAGAAGGAGUACGAUCGUACCGUGAUUGCAAAUGAGAAGAAGCGACGUGAGAAGGAGAAGCUCGCGGAGGAGCAGAAGCGAGAGGAAGAAGAGAAGGCGAUGGCUGCGAUCUGGGAUGAGUGA